AAUCCACCAUAUCUCAUAAAGUCAUAAUUUACGUACCUCAAAGCUGAAACACUUCUUCCACAAACCAUCCAUGGCUGCAACUGCAACUUCUGCUGCUCUGCUUAAUGGCUUUGGCUCCCCCUUCCUCCGUGGGGGCAGUAGCAGAAGCCACGCCCUGCUCGCUGGAGCCAGAGGUGGUGUCAAUGUCGUCGGCUCUCGCAAGCUCGUCAUCGUCGCCGCUGCUCAGCCCAAGAAGUCUUGGCUCCCCGGCGUUAGGGGCGGCGGCAACUUGGUCGACCCCGAAUGGCUCGAUGGCUCGCUCCCAGGCGACUACGGGUUCGACCCACUGGGCUUGGGGAAGGACCCAGCAUUCCUGAAGUGGUACAGAGAGGCAGAGCUAAUCCACGGCCGGUGGGCAAUGGCGGCUGUGGUCGGAAUCUUCGUGGGGCAGGCUUGGAGUGGGAUCCCAUGGUUCGAAGCCGGAGCGGAUCCGAGGGCAAUUGCUCCCUUCUCCUUCGGAUCUCUGCUGGGAACACAGCUGCUGCUGAUGGGAUGGGUGGAAAGCAAGCGGUGGGUGGAUUUCUUCAACCCUGAGUCACAAUCGGUGGAGUGGGCGACGCCUUGGUCGAGGACGGCGGAGAAUUUCGCGAACGCGACGGGAGAACAGGGGUACCCCGGCGGGAAAUUCUUCGAUCCGUUGGGAUUCGCCGGAAGUUUGAAGGACGGAGUUUACAUUCCGGACACGGAGAAGCUGGAGAGAUUGAAGUUGGCGGAGAUCAAGCACGCUCGGAUCGCCAUGUUGGCGAUGCUCAUCUUCUACUUCGAAGCUGGACAGGGGAAGACGCCGCUGGGUGCUCUUGGAUUGUAAAAUAGAAGAUUGAAGAAUUUGUUAAUGUGAAGGUAAAAUUGUUCAUAUUUUCACCAAAAACAGAAAGGGCCUUGGGAACUGAACAUGAACAUGAACAUGUGUUGAUUUUGAGAUAAGAUUUUGAAGGGGAGGGGUUUUGUUCGGACUUCCGAGCCCUGAUCAAAUUCAAAAUGAGUGUGUGUCAUGCCAAUUCCAACUGUCUUUUCUAUUUUUUAUUUUAUUUUUUUGGUAAAUUGAAUGAAUCACUUGGAAGUAUAUAAGUUGUUAUA